AUGAACAAUGGACGAGGAAGCACCUUUAAUGGGUGUAUUUUGGAGUUUCCUGGGGUAGCCGCUGACAAAUUCAACUGCAACGCUAGUAUAUUUUUGCUCAGUCAUCACCACGCAGACCACACUAUUGGACUUCGAAAUCGAACAUUUAACAGACGAGUUUAUUGCUCCAAAGGAACCAAGAAACUUUUGGAGAGCAACGAGUCAUACAACCACAUACAGCAUCUAAUAAGAGCCUUGGAUUACAAUCGCCAGUAUACUUUGAACGUGGAACAAGACAAGGAGAUUACUCUGGUCGUUGUGACUUUGAUCCCGUCUUACCAUUGUCCUGGAUCUUGCAUGUUUUUGAUAGAGCAAGACGAGAAGGCUGUUAUUUAUACUGGCGACAUCAGAGCAGAAGACUGGUGGAUUAAGGGCCUUCCGUACAAUCAAUUCUUGUACCCUUAUACAUCUUCCAAGCAGCUAGAAAACAUCUAUAUCGAUACCACAUUUGCUUAUCGAGGAGAACCAUACGCCAAGUACGCUACGAAUUCAGAUGCUUUGAAAAUAUUAGCUGGAAUACUUGCUUUGUACCCGAAAGAUGAUCCUGAAAUUCAAUUUUAUUUCAACGAUAGCGUUUCUGGAUUGGACGAAUGCUGGAUCAAACUAGCAUAUGAAUUUGGGCUCGAAAUACAUGCUGAAGCAACAAACAGCAAGAUCCUAAAUGUCGUUGAAGUCACGGAAACAUUACCCUCGUACGGUGGUCGGCACACUUUCACUCAUACUAUAGAAGGCACAAAAGCUCCACAAAAAUCAAAGCUACAUGCCUGUGGAAGAUACUGGAAAUGCACUGAACCCAAGGCGAAGUUUCCCGUCUCAAUUUGCCAAUACUCGGACUUCAAUGUGGUAGAUUUUGCUGCGGCUUCUAUGCCAAUCAGAAUAGACUCGAUACAUGGAGUCGACAUAGAAGGCUUGAAAAAAAUUGAUACAACCGCAAAAGGGAACAAAAUUUACAACUUCAAGAAUCGAGUGUGGCUUCUUUCACAGGAUGGUACGGAGCUUCUUCCUGAUAAUUUGAAACUCUUGUUCAGUCGCCAUUCGUCUUACGAAGAGACUGUCAAUUUCAUGAGUAUAUUCAAGCCGAAACAGGUCUUUCCGUGUUGCGAAUCCAGACAAACAUGGCUCAAUGGGUUUACCGUCAAGCGUAUAUUUGGCAGCGUAUGUUCGCCUGGAAUGGAAUCUUCCUACGAUCAGAUGAUGGAGAGAGAACACGGAAUGCCUCUUUCUCAAAUUACUGAUCGAGAAGUGAAACAAGUCAAUCGAUGGUCAGUGGCAGAAUGUGAACAAGAGCGGAAGUUUGUAGCUGGUUUCUACUCAAAGCUUGACCAGAACCCUGGAAAUGGAAAGCUGUUAGCAUUGGAGUAUGCGAAAGAUUACAGAACCAAUACUUAUACUGGUGAAGUCGCCAAAGAUGCCAAAAACUAUGACUAUAAGGUUCAGGAUUUGGUUGCGGGCCGAAGAGAAAAGUGGUAUUCCAACUUUAUUGAAAACUGCCAAAACGAAUACUUCGAAAUGCUUCAAUAUGGCGAGCUGUCGGGAAGCAAGAAAGAUGUUCACUCAUCCAGCAUUUUCAUGCCCAGCUCCUCUGAUAACGACCUGAUCCCUAGUUCUGCGGUGAAAGAAUCCAUGAGAAACUUAAGCGAAUUACUGAACAUGAAAAAACGACAGCCUUAUUUAGUCCGAAAGCCCAACUGUCGCAAUCUCGAUAUGCGAACCAGGUCGAUGGUGUUUUCCAGCUUUGACUCUUUCGAGAUGUCUUUUGCAGAGAAUACGACAACCAAUAACAAUGGCAACCAGGUUCUUUUCAGGUCAGGUAAUAAGUUCGACGCCGAGAGUGUUGCGUCAAUCAAUGCCAAAUUACGAGGAAACCCCGACCUAUGGAGCCUGACUCCUCUGACUAAACUCACCUUGAAACCUUGA